CAAAAUGGCGACAUUUGUUAACUUUCUUUUGCGUCGGUUGAUGUGUGUAAAAUUUUCUUUUUCUUAAAAACUUUGGGGAUUUUUUGCUAAACUAUGUCUCAAAGGUUUGCUCCUGGUCAACCAGGACAAUCACCAGUGCCUGGUCAACCACGAUAUCAACCACCACCACCUCAGGCCGCCGGUAUGCGUCCGUAUGCUGCGGGUACAGGAGGAUUUCCUCCGCAAAGAGGAUUUCCUUUGCAUCCUAGUAACAGCCAACCAGUAGCUGGCAACACAAGUUCGCCCGUCGGAGCGCCACUGCACCAGCGAGCACCGCAACCUGGAUUUCAAAGUGGUUUACGGGGCAGUGGAAGUGGCGGCGGCAACAAGCGUUCAAGCGAAGCACGUAAUAUGAAUAAUGCCCAAAACAAAAGCGAGUUUAAUUCUGCUGCAAAAAAGAAGAAGAAGUUAGCCGACAAAAUACUGCCACAAAAGGUGCGAGACUUAGUUCCGGAGUCACAAGCCUAUAUGGAUCUCUUAACUUUUGAACGUAAGCUGGAUGCCACAAUAAUGAGGAAACGUCUGGACAUUCAAGAAGCUCUUAAAAGACCGAUGAAACAGAAGCGCAAACUGCGCAUAUUUAUCUCAAACACAUUUUACCCCAGCAAAGAACCAACUAACGAUGGUGACGAAGGAUCUGUCGCAUCGUGGGAAUUGCGGGUGGAAGGGCGUCUGCUAGAGGACGGUAAAGGUGACCCAAACACCAAAAUCAAACGAAAGUUUUCAUCAUUUUUCAAGUCAUUGGUCAUUGAAUUGGACAAAGAGUUGUAUGGACCAGACAAUCACUUGGUGGAGUGGCAUCGCACUCACACUACUCAAGAAACAGAUGGUUUCCAGGUAAAGAGACCAGGCGAUAGAAAUGUCCGUUGCACAAUAUUGCUUUUAUUGGACUAUCAACCGCUGCAGUUUAAACUUGAUCCAAGACUUGCACGUGUUUUGGGCGUUCAUACUCAAACUCGUCCGGUAAUAAUCUCCGCACUGUGGCAGUAUAUAAAAACGCACAAAUUGCAAGACGCCCAUGAAAGAGAGUACAUAAAUUGUGACAAAUAUCUUGAGCAAAUUUUCGGUUGCCAACGAAUGAAAUUUGCUGAAAUUCCGCAACGUCUCAAUCCCCUUCUGCAUCCCCCCGAGCCAAUUGUUAUCAAUCACUUCAUCGAAAGUGGGGCCGAGAAUAAACAGACUGCCUGUUACGACAUUGAUGUGGAGGUUGAUGACACACUUAAAAACCAAAUGAACAACUUCCUCAUGAACACUGCCAGUCAGCAGGAAAUACAAGGUCUAGAUGCCAAAAUUCAUGAAACGGUUGACACCAUCAACCAAAUGAAGACAAAUCGUGAAUUUUUCCUAAGCUUUGCAAAGGAUCCACAAACUUUUAUUCAACGAUGGAUUGUCAGCCAAACACGUGAUCUAAAGGCUAUGACAGAUGUUACCGGAAAUCCCGAAGAGGAAAGACGUGCCGAGUUCUACUAUCAACCAUGGACACAUGAGGCGGUUUCACGUUAUUUCUUUACAAAAGUCAAUCAGAAGAGAGCCGAAUUGGAACAAGCCUUAGGUAUACGAAACGGCUGAAUGGCAUAUUUAUUAAAAGGUUAAAUUCUCAGAUACUUUUGUCGUCUGAGGUUGUAAUUCCAUUGUAUCAUGCUUGUGGUAUUCUCAUUUAAAUUAACUUCUCUUGUAUUUUAUAUUUGUCAACAACACAUUUAGAUUUCUCUAAACAAAACAAUUACCAUAUAACAUUUAGCUCCAAAACAAAAUAAUAAAUAUUAUGUAAGGAA